GGUGCCCCCGCUCACCAAACCAAGGCAAACACUCCUGCCAACUCUGCUUGAUCUAUUUCUCAGCAAAACUAACCAAUCCUUGCACUAUCACCACUACACAUCACACCAUGGCACCCAAGCUCUUCGCCGUACUCUUUGCCCUCUACUGCGCGUGCGCAUCCGCGUUCAUCGCACCCUCGGCCGUCAAGUCCGGAUCCUUCGCUACCCCCGCCGUGCGUGCCACCUCCAUGGUGGCACCCAAGAUGACGAUGGGCCUCGAGCAGAUCGCGGACGUCCUCCCCCUGGUGCCGUCGGAGGCUCACAACGCAGGGUUCGAGAUGGCGAACAACCCUCUGCUGCUUUCGGUUAGCGCGGACUCGUUCGGCGGAUUGAUCGGCCCCAUCGGCGGCUGCCUGGCCGUGGCGAUCUUCAUCGUCGUCAUGGCUCCCCCGCGGGUUGACUGAGGGUUGUUUUAAUUUGACACGUUUUCGUUUUAGGUCGAAUAUAAAGAUUGUUGUUUUGGGAGGAAGUCAGGGGCUGGCGACUGAACUGGACUGCUGGGGGAAAGAUAUUUCUGGGUCUCGGGAAUGUUUUGCUGCACGCGGGAAGAUUUAGAAUUUAAAUCCCCGUAACCCUCUGCCCGAACUGGUUGGUAUGUGUCUUUUCGAUGGGCCUGCCAAAGGCGGGGUUGUUCGUGAGACCAUUCCCGCUCCGCCAUAACGAGAGUUUUCGGUUUUGGGCAUCUGCAGUAUGUCACGGUCGCUUAAGCUCUUGGAUUAAGAAUCGGCAAGUUCGAUAUCGAGGAUGUUUGACCGAUGGGGCCUCUGCCGCCCAAGAAUGUUUUCGAUUUUUGAACAUUCACCGCGUUCAUGGGAUGCGUCGCACGUUCCGACGCAAUCGAUUUCUGCCACGGUCUCUCGUGCGGUGGCCAUAGAAAUGGUGGAGUAAAGAUAUAAAAUUUUGAAAAUGUUCGUUGGACGCAUUCUACACUUGCGGCUUGGAGACCUCUGGCCGGACGGCCAGCUUGUCGUUAGCUUAAGCACGAGUGUUGGGAUGAGGGUUUUCCUCCAUGCCCACACGGCGUUGUUGUUGUGUCUUUCGCUGAGGACAGCACUCGCGGCUCAUGUUCGUGGACGGCGAUCGAAGCUCAUGCUUGAAUUGAAGCACCUAGUCAAUCAAGCACGACGGUUCAUGAUGUUUCGGCUCGUUCCAUAGUGAAAAAGGCUCUUCGCAGUGAUGAACGGUUACUCGAGCCCGAUUGCUUGGAGCCCCCGGUAUUGCCUGUGGUGGGCGUCAUCCAAUCAUAUGACACUGAAAGAGAGUGCAUUGAGUGCCUGACAUGUAUGGCGUGGUUGAUCACUCAAACACCUCUAGCUGUCACCUCUUGCAUGGGCACGAGUAGUCCUCUUUUUGCCGCCCCGACACCUCUUGCUUCAUAACCCAUGACAGCCACUUCGAUGGGCACUACUGUAGCCAACAGCCAAGACUGUCGCAGGACACAAACACCGUACGCAUGCAUGGCUACCUUUUUCCUCCACGAUUGACUGUCGUGUUCCAGUGGCCGAACGCGAGAGGUGAGGUGCACUAGUCUACACGGUGAGAACAGCGUGGUUUGACUGCAAUAUCAUUUUUUGGAGCGCUAGUGUAUGUGCAUAGCGGGGCACGCACCGGAAUGCGUCGAGGUGUAGCAGUGUAACGGCCGUGGCCGAGACUUUGUGCUCUCUUCAGGCGAGGACUCGAUAAACCUCGAGGAAAGCGCAAUGCGAAGUUGCAUCGCC